AUGAGACGAGUUCCUCAACCGGUUGUCGUCGUUACAACCUCGAAUGGUGGAGGAGGAGGAGCCACUGAAUCAAUUCAACGUCGAGGUGUCACUGUAUCUUCAUUCACACCCAUAUGUCUACAUCCGGAACCACUUGUUUCAUUCUGUGUACGCAUCCCCUCACGAGCGUCUGAUCUAUUGCAUGCCUCUGGUGGUAUGGUUGUCAAUAUCUUGUCCCACGAACAAAUGCAGCAGUCAGUAGCAUUCUCGUCGCCCAACAAAGCCGACCAAUUCAAGGAUAUCCCUUUCUAUGACGAUCCAUCCACAGGAUUACCCGUUCUCAUGGGAACGCUUGGUUCAAUGCAAUGCAAACUUCUCAAAGUAUUGGAGCUUGGAGAUCAUGAAUUAUGGAUUACGCGUGUUACCAAGGUGGAUCAUGGUGUCGGUAGCAAACUCGGUCGACGAGAGGAAGCUCAACCCCUUUUGUAUUAUGAUCGCAUGUAUCGAAGCGUGGGUGAGCAAGUAUUCAUGAAGGAAUUUGAAGACUCUAUGGAUCCUCGCUUAUGGACACAUCGUGCUCAUGUUCGUAUGGCUUGGAAUUAUUUAAAGGAGCUUGGCAAGGAUACCGCUACACCCGUCAUCAAGGAAACCAUUCGUCGCCACUUUGAAAUGAACCCAUCCAAACGUCAAAGCUAUCACGAAACAAUCACCUCCUUCUACAUCCAUCUUGUCAACCUUGCAAUCGAAUCGCCAGACAACAAGUUGCAGGAUCAGGAUGACUUUUUCGAGUUCAUGGAACGGUAUCCCAUAUUAACAGAUCAGAAUGCCAUAUACAAGUAUUACUCGCCCAAGAUGCUAAAGUCUCAAGAUGCUCGUUCACAAUUUCUUCCACCUGAUCUCCAACCGUUGCCAUCCAAGUUACCAGUAGAGAAAUCAUAA